AUGGACGCUGUUGAAGAUUUGACAAGGAGACUCCAACUGGCUGAGCAACGAAAUGCAGAAUUGGUCGAGCAACACAAUCAAGAAAUGGCUCAGUAUGAAAAAGAGAUAAUGAAAUUGCGGUUGGAACUGGAGAGAGAAGAGACUGUUCGCCAAGGUCUGGUGAACGACUUGCUAGCUGCCAAGAGUGAGGCUCACCUGCGAAAGCACUCAGCAGAGGAUGAGCUUUGUGAUGCAAAAACCAAACUUGCAGAACUGCAAGUACUCAGUGACAAACAUCAGCAGAAAGCAGCAGAGACUGAGAAAAUGUUUCAAAGUGCUCAGCAGCAGUGGGAAGAAGAACAGCGAAGAAUUUCAAGGGAGAGGGAUGACAUCCGCAAAAUGUACCAUGCUGAAAUGGUAGUCCUUAUCAAAGAAAAAACUGAAACAGAAAGGGCUUUUGAGGAAAUGAACGCCGCCCUGCAAAAUGCGCGCAGGAAGCUGAGGGAGAUGGAGACGGAAUACGACGGCUGCAGCGAGAUGCUGAGGCUGCAGGCCAACCAGCUGGAGUUCAAGUGUGAGCGGCAGGGGAGGCUCAUGAGGGAUCUGGAGUUAAGAUUUCGAGAACUUGAAGAUGCUUUGACUUCAGACAAAGCCGACAGGAUGGAAGCCCUUUCUGUAUUAGAAAAUAUGAAGAAAGACUUCAGAGAGUCAGAAAAUGCACAUGAAAGAGAAAAAGCUGUUUUACAGAGACAGAUUUUGUCCUCAAAUGCACAAGGGGGACAGGGACCAGAGGAGAAGGCAAUUGGAGAGUCUCCUGGGAGAGGAGAGAUUGUCCAAACCUGCUUCAGCCAAGCACUGCAAGAAGGCCCAGUGGAGGCGCUACACAUCCUCCUCAGCUUAUACCAGCGCAUGGCAGAUGGCCAUGUGCUUGUCAAACAGCCAGAAGGUGCCCUGGAGGGGUUGCCCUGGACAGAGUUUUGUGCACUUUUGCAUGAGAAUGUUGAAGCUUUGAUUGUGAGCUUCCACAAGGCUAAUGAGAAGAUAGCUCACCUUGAACAUGUUUGCAAGCACAAGACUGAUACUAUGAGGGAUCUUCAGCAGAGCCAGGAGGAAGCCUUUGAGAAAAUGUCUGAACAGUUGAAAACACAGGAACACUGCUGGCAUAAAGAAAAGAAGUUUCUUGAACAGCAGUAUGCAAAUCUCCUUGCAGAAGCUCAAGCAAGAGCACAGGAUUGUGAAGAAACAACACAGAGAAACAGGCAAAAAUUACAAGACUUUGAAAAAAGCUGUGAGAAACUGACCAACGAAAAUAUGUCUUUGAGAAAUAUGUUAACAAGCACUCAGAAGGAGCGUUCAUCUCUGCUGGCAGCCUGUGCACUGCUGUCAGGGGCCCUGUUUCCUCUCUACAGCCGAUUGUGUGCCAUGUCUUCCCAAAGAGACCUUCUGCAGGGACAGGUGAACCUCCAUGAAUUAGUGAACCAGAACAUCAGGAGCAUCCUUCAGACUCUCCCCACCAACCCAGAAAACAGUCAAGAUGAAAUAAGGCUGAGGCAGAGGAGAACCAGAGAGCUGGUUUAUACGUUCCGGAGAUCUGUGGUUGCAGUCUUGGCAGCUAACAGGUUUAGGCUUCUGGCCCGGUAUUCUUGUUCCCUUUUCGUCUGGACAAGCAGCUCAAGAGCAAGCAUUGGAAUUCAAGUUUGUGUAGGAGAAUCCCGGGGCAGGCGUAAUGUGUCACGCUUUGAAGAGGAAGGAGUUGACUGCAUUGAAGCACUUGACUGGCUGACUAGCUCUAACCUCUAUACUGCAGUAAUUGAAUCCAUCUCUGAACUGCAGGAGGUUCUUAACAGACCAGAUCCAAACUCCUGGCUUUCUGGGCACUCACUUGUCAGUGCAGCCAGGAACUCCUUUGCAAGACUGAUGGACAGUCUGACCACAAUGAUGGAGACAGUUCAAGUGAACCAAUGCAGGUGCAUUGUUUUCCUGGAGAGGGACUCCCUGGUACAAAGACUGGCUUGUGGGCUCCUAAGAGUGACUACUCAGGCCCUGGAAGCAGGAUCAUAUGACAGACAACCCAGCACGAGAAUCAUAGCAAUCUUGCAGCAACGAGUAUUUGAACUUUCAAGAAGGCUUCAUACAGCAGAGGGAGAGUGCCGCACACUGAACCUGCAGCUUUCAGAAUUCAAGUGGGCAUUCAAUGAGAUGAAAAAAGAUGCUGAAAAAGCGCACAAACUGCAAGAGGAAUUACAUGUACUUCAGCAUAGAAUGACCAGCCAAGAAAAUGUACAUGAGGAAUUACACAAUGCUUUACAGCGUGAGCAUGAAGCAAGAUUGCUUUUGCAAGAACAUGAGAACAGGCUUCAGGAGUUAAGUAGAAGACUGGAAAUGCACCCUGAAGAAGAGACAGAGAAAAGCCAACGCUUAAGUGCAUCUGUGAGGAGCACCUCCCAGGAUACAGAGGAGCUGAGGAGAAGGGACCGACUUCUGGAACACCAGAAGAGUCUCCUGAAACACAUGGAGGAGGACCGGCAACGGCUGCAGGCGACUGUCCAGGCGUCAGAACGUGCCCUUCAGGGGGCAGCAAAAGACAAAGAGGUGCUCAUUAAUGAUAUGAGAGUUGUGGAAGCCACCAUGAUUGCGGCCGUGCUUACAAGUUUUGUGAAUAUCUACCACCUGAUAUCUUUCGCAAUUGAAGCAUUAACAAGACGACCAGAACCUUCUCAGCUUCGCUCUGCACCUCUAGCGAUCAGUAUGCCUCAUGAACAUGCCAUUGAUGGUCGUGUUGCACCUCAAGCAGCCAGUGCACCUCAUGUACAUGCCACUGAUGGUAGUGUUUCAUCCCAAGCAGCCAGUACAUCUCAUGUACAUGCCACUGAUGGUAGUGUUUCAUCCCGAGUAGCCAGUACAUCUCAUGUACAUGCCACUGAUGGUAGUGUUGCAUCCCAAGCAGCCAGUACACCUCGCGAUGAACAUUUUCAGACUUGCUUUGCACUCCAAGCAGUCAGUACACCACGUGAAGAAUCUUCUCAGUCUCGCUUUUCAACCUACACAGAUGUUACACCAGGCGACGAUUCUUUUCAGCCUCGCUUUUCAAGCUACGCAUCCAGUACAUCACGCGACGGAUCUUUUCGGCCUCACUUUAAAACCUACAUAGCCAGUAUGCCACGCGAUGAUUCUUUUCAGCCUCGCUAUUCAACCUACACAGCCAGUACACCACGCGACGGAUCUUUUCAGCCGCGCUUUUCAACCUACACAGUCAGUACACCAGGCGAAGAUUCUUCUCAGCCUCGCUAUCAAACCUACACAGUCAGUACACCAGGCGAAGAUUCUUCUCAGCCUCGCUAUCAAACCUACACAGUCAGUACACCACGCGAAGAUUCUUCUCAGCCUCGCUAUCAAACCUACAUAGUCGGUACACCACGUGAAGGAUCUUUUCAGCCUCGCUAUCAAACCUACAUGGUCGGUACACCACGCGAAGAUUCUUCUCAGCUUCAGUUUGCACCCCAGGCAGCCAGUACACCUCGUGAAGACUCUGGUCGGCUUCGUUUUGCACCCCAAGCAGUCAGUACACCUCGUGAAGACCGUGUUUCAUCUCGUUUUGUGCCUCAAGCAGUCAGUACACCUCAUGCCCGUGAUGCACGUGGGAGAGAGCGUAGAUGUUUUAGCUUCGGGCUAGAGAGCCAGCUUACCCACAGUCAUGCCCCAGAUUCCCGGACACACUACAGAACUUACUCAGCAUCUGGACCUGACACAGCCUCUGGUGUGACACCCAGCAGGACUGGUACAGGGUCUGCAGUAGGCACAUUCUCCAAUGUGACACACUACAGAACUUACUCAGCAUCUGGACCUGACACAGCCUCUGGUGUGACACCCAGCAGGACUGGUACAGGGUCUGCAGCGGGCACAUUCUCCAAUGUGACACACUACANCUCUGGUGUGACACCCAGCAGGACUGGUACAGGGUCUGCAGCGGGCACAUUCUCCAAUGUGACACACUACAGAACUUGCUCAGCAUCUGGAUCCGACCUACCCUCCCCUAUAACACCCAGGAGGACUGGUACUGUGUCAGAAAUGGACACAUCCUCCAAUGCGUUACCCUACAGAUCUUACACUGUGUCUAGACCCGACCUGUCCUCCAGUAUGACACCGAUCAGGAGUGGUAUUGGGCCUGCAGCAGACACAUCUUCCAAUGUGAUACGGUACAAUACUUACUCCAUGUCUGGACCUAACACAGCCUCUGGCGUGACAUCCAGCAGGACUGGUACUGGGUCUGCAGCGGACACACCUUCCAAUGUGAUACACUACCACACUUAUACUAUGUCUGGACCUAACACAGCCUCUGGUAUGACAGCUGAAAGAAGUGGCACUGAGUCUGCAUCAGACACAUCUUCCAAUGUGAUACGCUACAGAACUUAUACCCUUUCUGCACCCAACAUACCUUCUAGUGUGACAGGAAGCAGGACUGGUACUGGAACUUCCAUGAGCAUAUCCUCCGGUGUGAUACCCUGCAGAACUCAUACCCUGUCUGGAGCCAAUGUGGUGUUAUCAAGCGACUCAUCCUUCCAUGUACCACACAGAACUUAUACUAUGUCUUCCAGCAACUCAUCCUCCAGUCUCAGACGACGCAGAAGCAGUUCUUUGCCUUCACCCAGGUCUUCCAGCUGA